AUGCCAACUUAUUCAACUCACCAACGAUUUUCUCGUAUUCAACAAGAAAGUGAAGAACGUAAACACCAAGCUCAUUUAAAAAAAAUCUCUGACAUGCAUAGUCAUAGUAGUGUAGAUCAUAGUUCACCACGUCGUUAUCCACAUAUUCAUGACGCUUUUGUAAAACAUUUAAGUGAUAAACGUUUAGAAAUUGAUAGAGAAAAUGAAAUUAAAUCAAGAAAAUUAAUUGAUAUUAUGCAAACAAAAAAUGCACAUUCACCACCGCCAACUCAUCGUUCAAAUCAAACUAACCAUUCAACUCAAACAACACAUCGUAAUCAUAAUAAAAAAGAUUUAUCACAAGAUAAUACGGAAUAUUUCGAACGAGUUGCCAAAGCUAAAGGUAAAUAUGAUGCACAAGAAUGGAAAAAAGACUACGAACUACAUCAAGAACGUUUAAAAUUACGUAAAAAUAAUAGUGUAUUUACACCUAUUAAUACUGGUCCUAAACAUCAUUCGAAUACAAAAACAAAUUCAACGUCAAGUAGCAGACAGACAGUAGCUACAUAA